UGUGAUUUUCCUGUUACCUGUGUCCAGAGAGUACUAUACAGAGUAUGCUGUGUCUCCAAUGUGUCUCUUUUCGCGCUGCCGAGCAUCCAGGGCUCAUCAAUCUCUCCACCUGUAAGCGCCCACGGCACACCCAAAUGGAAGCGGACCCAAUUGACGGCGCUGAAAGCCAUCGAUCCCGCAACCACACAACCCUCGUCGAUACGCCGAUACCGACAACAUGGGUUGCAGGAAUGGCGCUAUUGGUCGCCUGCUGGCGACCGUCUGCCACAGUGCUACUAUGUAAGGAUGUUUCGAGGGAGUUGAUCGCUGGCCCUAGAAAUAUAUGCAGUCUCCAAUUACUGGGCUUACUGGGCAUGGGCCAUCCAGCGUCAGCGCAGCUGCAGGUAGGUGAGCAGGUAUAUAGAUGUGCCUGCUUCCCCGAUACACGUCGCUGCUUCAUUUAGGCAUUUCUUGUCUUGCUAUUUGGAGCUGAUUUGUUGCUGUUGAAUCAAGGUAGCAUUGUUCACGAAGCCUCAAUUCCCACUCUCCAUAUUCUACGUAUAGCUUCAAAUCUAUACUCUGUCCUUUUUGUCGCCGUUGGCAUUGUGUUCCGAAACUGUCGCCAUGUCUGGCUACUAUCCCCCUCCCCCGGGCAGUCAACCAGCCCAGCAGCAUUUUGCCCCGCCCCCGGCAACUCCUACUCCUCCGGCCCCGGCUCAAGGGCAAUACUACCCACCGCCCCGACCGGCUGCCGCGCCUUCAAACCCGCAAUCAUACCCUCCGCCCCCUGCUCCAGGCCAGCAGGCACAAAAACAAUAUGCACCGCCCCCGAACUUCUCUCACCGCACAUCGUACCAGAAGCCCGCCAGUCCGCCUGCUCCGGCGCCUCUUCCGCAAUAUGCGCCCCCGCCGGGGGUAGCCGCUGACCAGUAUCCCGAUGAGAAACAAGAGUAUGAAGAGGAGCAGCAGCAGCAACAGCAAGGCGUGAACAUGCAUGCCGGUGCGCCUGCAGCGGGGCACUUUAUGGGAGCGGUGGCCACGCAAGACGACGUCGGGACGUUUAAUGGAGGGAGUUAUAGGAUCAGCCAUAGGGAUACGAAUAGUAUCAUUACCCUGCAGCUGGCAUUCGGCUGCCCUUUGUCCGUUAAGCCUGGAUGUAUGAUCGCCAUGUCUCCAACUGUAACACUCAAGGGAAACAUGAAAUUUAGCAUGACGAAAAUCAUGGCUGGCCAUAUUUCGCACUCGACGUUCACGGGCCCAGGAGAACUGCUUCUUGCCCCACAGGCUCUUGGUGACAUAACGUCGAUUCGUCUCACCGGAAACGAGCAGUGGAGCGUGGGUAAGGAUGCCCUCCUUGCAUCGACACAAGGCGUGGUGAAAGACUUCAAGCGUCAGGGCUUGGGGAAGGCCAUGUUCUCGGGCGAAGGUCUUUUCGUAUUUAAGAUUUCUGGAACCGGAAUCAUGUGGAUUACCAGCUUUGGCGCGAUUAUUCGGAAAGAUCUCCAAGAAGGCGAGCGAUAUGUUGUAGAUAACGGCCAUCUCAUUGCGUGGAAUACGAAGUACGUCCUUGAGCGCAUCGCCUCUGGGGGUAUUAUUUCUGGUAUUGCAUCCGGAGAAGGGCUGGUGUGCAAAUUUACCGGUCCCGGGACCAUCUUCCUGCAGACAAGGAACCCAGCCGGAUUCGCCCAAUGGAUGGCUGCUCAGUCUGCCGCCGGUAUGUAAGACUGCGCUUGUAACUUCGUUUUCGUUGGUUUUGGGGCAAGAGCAGGCGGUCAUCAUUUAUGCUCAUACUGGUUUUUGGAUAGUUGAAGCGUUUGGGUCGCCAUUUAUUGCAAGCAAUCAAUGUACCUGAUUUUAGCAUCGCUGAUAUUUUAUCAACUAUGACAAGAGGGAGGGUGUGUAAAUUCUUCGCUAUCGUUUUCAUGGUCGUUCCUUCCGAAAAGAUUGCUCCAGAGCACUUUCCAACCCCAUCGGCUUCACGUCCCAGGUAAGAGAGUCUCUGAUACACUCAAUUAUGUCUUCUUGAUUGUUUAGCAUUUCUAUUUCUUCUCUUUGGC